UCAAAAUAUUUCACACACUGUCAACUCUGCACCAGGAAGCUGCGCUGCAUGAGGAACAACAUCCACAUGAACCUGUUCGCAUCGUUCAUCCUGAGAGCCGUGUCCAUCCUGGUCAAAGACGCCCUGCUGACCCUCACUCUGGACCCCAGGAGCGGGGGGGACACCCGGACACAAGCCUGGGUCAACAUACCGGCUGUUACGUGGUGUCGAGGUGCCAUGGUGAUGAUGCAGUACAGCGUGAUGGCCAACAACUAUUGGCUGCUGGUGGAGGGCAUCUACCUGCACAGCCUGCUCGUCAUCACCGUGUUCAGCGAGAGGAAGUACUUCUACAUUUAUCUGGCCAUUGGCUGGGUAUCUUCCAUGACUGAAAUAUUAAAACUCCACUUUGUGUUUCAGGGCCUGCUGGUUGCUAUUUUGUACUGCUUCAUCAACAAAGAGGUGCAGUCAGAGAUGCUAAAAAAUUGGAAGAGGUGGAAGCUGGGUAAAGACAUUGACGAGGAGUACCGCCACACCCACAGCCACACGCCGCACCUCAAGAGCGGCAGCAUUGCCACUGGCAAUCCGCCCUAUCUCCACGACAACAACGCCAGCGACCCCGGCGGUGACUCGCCUCGUCUCAACAAAGCUGAGCCCUCCUGCUCAGCCGCACCCGAGGAGAACCGCAGACUAGUGGUUUCCUAUAGCAACGGCAUGGGGAAAGGCGGGACCGCAAAGAGCAGACACACCCUGCAGUUCUCUUUCCUGCCACAUCGGGGCGCCAGCAGUCAUGUGAGCACGGCCACAGAGGAGGCGUGUCUGGAGGAGAAGCUGCACACAAACACUGUUGAAGGGGAGGAGACUAAUGUCUGAGGGCGGCCGGCCUGCUGUAAAGACCUCGUCACGAAGAAUAAAACUGUGCUUAUAGAUGUUUCGGAUCAGUGUUUAACAUGUGCAACAAGGCAGCCUGAGUGGGAAGAGAAAGAGAACCCCAAAGGUCACAAUGUUUUAACAAGCCUGCUGCAAAUUAAUAUUUAAUGUUUUUGGGACCUUAAGCUAAUAAGAACGAUUCACUUCAGAUUCAAUGCACUCAAAAUAAGCUUUCUAAUGGUGACUAGAGUGUGUGUGUGUGUGUGUGUGUGUGUGUUUGUGUGUGUGUUUGUGCGUGUGUGUUUGCGUGCGUGCGUGCAUGUACAUAUGGAGGACUCCCAAUAGGACCCUGCUCACAUCACUCGUAUGUCAUGAGUCAUGUGUACUGAUGUUGUCGUCGUGAGUCACACUUGUGUUGUAUGAAAGGUUCCAGCAAUGGAUGCUCAUCUGUGGUACUCUUCUACAAAAAAAUCUCAAAAGUGCCAAGAAAAAACAUUUAUUUUUGUUCUUUUGGUUUCAUGAUACUGAAUGUGACUUCAACAUGCAUGACUCGUGAUGUCCUGUUUGUAACAGGAUGAAGACAGAACUAUUACCGACUAUUGAUGUGUUGAGGAAGAAGUUGCUUUGAUCUUUAGAGAGACUUGAAUGUUUAAGUCAUUCUGGUUUUAAAUGACCAUGCUAAACAAGAAAAUAAUAAUACAUUUACAUCAAUUGGGUAAAGCAGGUAUCCUUCAUGCACAUUCCUGCCCUCCCUUCUGUGUUUAUAAUAACCCAUUUUCUUUCUUUUUAAACUGAGUUUUGUGGAUGAAUGUAUAAGGACAAUGGAGAAUUAUGGGUGAUAUUUAAGUGUAUAUAUGUAAUUAAAGAACAUGCCACCAGAACCUGCUUUUCAGUCAAACAGUAUUCUGUCGAAUGGAGGCAAACAGAACAUGAAGUGCUUUUUUACACAAUGGAAAAUAGUCCUAUUUCAAUAAAAGAAGGUUCUCCAUUUCAAAAUCCACAUUAACAAAACAUGACUCACUUGAAAAUGUGGAAUCGGAUCUGGAUUUAAUUCUUGGUAUUAUCCAUUUUUCAAGUUCACCGAAUCAAUCACUGAAAACCAACAAGGAUUUUCACAAAGAUAGUAAACAAGCACUCAAUUGAAGUGUAAGAGAGCGAACUGUACAUAUUAAACUAACUUUAAUAAAAGUUAAUACCGGUAUUAUAGAGUCAAGGACGUGUUGGUGGAGGGAUGUGUUGUUGUUCUGUGCUUUCGCUUGCAGUCCAGGUGACAGAAAAGAAUAAACAUGAGUUAUUACGUUGAGAAAGACACAAACAUGAUUGUACUUGUCCUUUACUUUCCAUAGCCUAUUGCAAUUGUCAGGACGGGUUCCAAAAAAGCCAAAUUGUUGUGUCUCAUAUGUCUGUGGAUCCAAUUAAACUGAAUUCUGUCAGCAAAAAAGUGUCAGGAAGUGUUGUCAAUGUAACAUGAUGGAGAGACAUGAGUGUCAUUCCUCCGUAGUUAUGCAG